AUGGGAUACUGUUAUGGACAUAGAAUAAGUGCCGAAGUUACUCCAUUAAUCGAGCAACCUAGGCAGGAAUUAUAUGUUCAACCAUUUGAGACAAUUAAUUGGUCUAAAGCCCGAAACAACAUUGCAGAAGUUGACCUUUAUGCUCCGCAUACCAAAAUAUUAAAUUUUUGCAAUUCUAUAUUAAGUAUUUAUGAAAAACUUCCUAAUUUUCUUGGAAUUCGUGAUAUUUCUCUUCAAGAGAGUUAUGAAUUAGAUGAAAAUACGGAUUUUCUUGAUAUUGCACCUGAAGGGCCAGAUUCUAAAGCAUUCAAGCUUUCUAAAGAAAGAUUAAUUGAUUAUAUGCUAGGUCCAGAAGGAAUGAUGAUGUGUGGUACAAAUGGUACUCAAGUUUGGGACAAUGCGCUUAUAGUCCUUGCCGUAAUUGAAGCAGGUAGUAAUUGCGUUUUAUCAAAUUUAGAUGCUCAAUUAUUUAAACUUGUUCUCUUGAUAGGACUGGCAGAUGAUCCUUCAAAUCACCAAUCAAUGAUACAUGCACUCGAAUUUUUAGACGAUGCACAAAUAAAAAAGAAUCCCAAAGAUAAUGAAAGAUGUUAUCGUUAUAAAGCAUUAGGUGCUUGGGGUUUUAGUACUCAUUUAGUAUCUAAAGAACGAUUUUGUCAAACUGUUGAUAUAUUACUAUCUAUGCAAAAUACUGAUGGAGGAUUUGCGAGUUACGAGCGUACUAGAGGCCUAAAAAUUCUUGAAUGGUUAAAUCCUGCAGAAGUUUUUGGAAAUCUUAUGAUUGAACAUAGUUAUCCAGAAUGUACAGCUUGUGUCUUAACAGCUCUAAAUACGUUUCAGAAAUGGUAUCCUGCUUAUAGGGCGGAUGAAAUUAAGUAA